AUGUCUUCUAGCGCGCGUUUCGACAUUGCUCAGUAUGGGUCAGGCAAGCAACUGGACCUCAAGAAAUAUUCACCUGCAAAUCCCCAUGGCCUCUCUCGAUACCCUGCAAUGCCCCCACCACCAUUAUAUCACCUUCGUGGCUUCAAUCCCGGUUCGGAGACCCAAGUGAAGCUCGAGAUUCUCGAAUCACUCUCUGGCGGUGUUGACGGAAGAGCGCAGGUCCUUCUCUGCAAGGUCAUCAAGCCACCCCCUGCUUCCUCGACUGUCAACGUUGGGGAGGGCGACCACGAGCCUGUCCCAGGCCCAGGCACUCGAAUCGUAGCCAAGGUGUAUGAUUCCAGGUUCUGGCCGAGCGACUAUGGUGCGCCGAUCAGCAAUCACAAACUGGCCGACGGCGAUCUCUGCUGUGAGAGUUACGCGUACAAGUACCUCUACCAGAAGAAGUUGACAGGCUAUCCGCAUCUUACGGCGCAGUACUACGGCACCUGGGCUGUGACGCUCCCCCGUGGCAAGAACAAAUCCAUGUCCGUCGGCCUGAUACUCAUGGAGCACAUUGUCGGAUAUUCCAUUGACGAGCUGUGCGACCGUGAUAAGUACGAGCAACUGGUCCCGGAUGUCAGCGCACCCAUCAUCUUCCACGAGUCGAACCAGGCCAAGGAUGGUGAGGUGUGCUUGGAGCUCACCAAGGAAAACCGCAUGGAGGUCCUCAAGCAGUUCAUCGACGGCUGCGUCAGACAUAUGCACGUGGGCAUUGCACACAAUGACGCCGAGCCUCACAACGUCUUCGUCACCAUGCGCAACGGAAACGAUGAUCUCGACAAGCCACGGACCGUCAUGCUCGACCAUAUCUUGACCGAAGUGUGGUCCAUGACCGCAGAUGCGCGAAAGCCAGGCUGCGAAACACACUGUCUCGAGAUGUCUAGCAAGCCGCCUCAUCCAAUGGAGCGAUACAGCGUCAAAGCGCUGCCCAACUUCGCCGGCUGGUACCCUGGCCACUGGGUAAAGCCGGGAAACCACAAGCUGUUUGACCAGUGGCUCAUUGAGGCCUUUGGUCCUUUGGAGGACAGCGAUGAUUCGCCGUAUUGCACAUUUGCCGUGGUACGCGAGUGCAUCAAAGAGAAGAAGGCUGCGAACGCCCGGAUGGUCGAGAACAUCAAGAAGGCAGAGGACGACAAGAGGGGAGGUUAG